AUGGUCCGUAACCUGGUCGUUCUGGGCGGCAGCUCGCAUCCUGAGCUGACCGAGACAAUCUGCAACCACCUUGGUGUUCCUCCGGCAAACAUCCUGCUCAGCAAGUUCGCUGUCGGAGAGACGCGUGUCGAGAUCAUGGACUCGGUCAGAGGCAAGGAUGUCUUUAUCAUCCAAUCUGGCGGCGGCAAGGUCAACGACCACUUGAUGGAGUUGCUGAUCACCGUCUCUGCCUGCAAAACCGCCUCGGCCAAGCGCGUCACCGCCGUUCUCCCCUUGUUUCCCUACUCGAGGCAGAGCGACAUUCCUUACAACAAGACCGGCGCUCCUCUCGCCAAGGCUCCUACCCAAUUGAACCGCAAUGGUAACUAUACCUUCGACAGCAGACCCACAACUCCUCUGCCUGGUCAAGCAGAGAGUGCUGGAAUGAAGGGUGGUCCGGACAACUUGCACAAGAAGCUGAUGGACAUGCAAUUGCGUGACAACGGCGACGGUCAGCGUAGUCGCAGUCCCGUCAAGAUGCCUCGCCGCUCUACCAUGGAGUCUGUUACCUCUGAGAAGUCCGACUACUUUGACGACAACUCGCUCACACCUACUGUGACAAAUGGAAGCUCCAAUGGUGACAAGCCUGUGGCUAGAUUCCACAAGGCUCCUCCUCACUUCGAGCCCCAAAGAGGCUACAAGCAAUGGGUUGCACAAGCUGGUACUCUUGUCGCUGACCUUCUUACCUGCGCUGGCGCCGACCACAUCAUCACAAUGGACCUUCACGACCCUCAAUAUCAAGGCUUCUUCGACAUCCCUGUCGACAACUUGUACGGCAAGCAUCUCUUGCGCAAGUACAUCCAGUUCCACAUUCCUCAGUACCAGAACGCCGUCAUCGUCAGUCCGGAUGCUGGCGGUGCCAAACGUGCAACUGCCAUCGCCGAUGCUCUUGGUAUGCCCUUUGCGCUCAUUCACAAGGUAAGGAGACGUGAUCGUAGAGAAGCCCAGGACGGGAGUUUGACCGUAUCGCAGGAGCGUCGCCCGACUCAGAUUACCGACCGCCAGAAUGCGACCAUGAUGCUGGUAGGUGAUGUCGCGGACCGUGUGGCUAUCCUUGUCGACGAUCUUGCCGACACUUCCAACACCAUCACUCGCGCUGCCAAGCUCUUGAAGAAGGAGGGUGCCAACAAGGUCAUCGCGCUCGUCACACAUGGUGUGCUCAGUGGAGACGCCAUCGACCGCAUCAAUGCUAGUGCCAUUGACAAGGUCGUCGUCACCAACAGCGUUGACCAAGAGGAGAACAAGAAGCGUUGCCAGAAGCUGGAGGUUCUCGAAGUAGGAAACGUCUUCGCCGAGGUAAGUUGGGUUGCGCCUUCUCGAGGAGUGGUCAUUCGUGACGUUGCGCGUCGGGGACAGUCCAUUGACAAGCAUUUCAGGCCAUCAGAAGAGUCCACCACGGAGAGAGUAUCAGCGUUCUGUUCCACGACUAGGUGGCUGCUGCGAAUAUUGAAUGAUCUUGCUGGCGUUCGGGGCAUGCCUGGGUGGCACAACUGCAUAGAAGGGGUANCUNCCGCGAGGACAUUGCUGCGAUAUACGAACAGAGAGCAAUUGCAAACUGGCUUCUAG